CUUUCUCUCUCUCUCUCUCUCUUUCUCUCUCGCUCUGCCUCCUCUCCCUCUCUCCUCCUCAGUGUGCAUGUAUGCUCUAUUGUCAACAAAGCUGCGUAAGGAGGAAGGGAACGAGGGAAUGGCAGUAUAAAAGAGAAAGAAAAGGAAAACAUCAGAUGUUUCCCUCUUUGCACAACUAUGCGUAAGCGAGCUACUGGCUGAGGGUGGGUAGCGUAUAAUGUAUGAAAAGCUGACCAUGCUGAAUCUACAAAAUGGAUCAAACUGGAACGGGCCAAAUGACUGGUACCACCAACAGACAAACAUGCCUCCUCAACACACCUCAGUUUCAGAUGGCUGCAUGGCAGAGCCAGAGGGAGUAACGCAAAGAGGAGGAAGCAUAGGUGCCAUGGGUGGGAGACGAGGAGGAGGAGGAGGAGGAGGAGGAGGUGGAGGAGGAGGUGGUGGAGGAAGAGUGCAUGCAGAGAGAGAUGAAGGUGAGGAGUCCCAGCUGAGGUUGCAGCUGAAGAGGAAGCUCCAAAGGAACCGCACCAGCUUCACCCAGGAGCAGAUCGAGGCCCUGGAGAAAGAAUUUGAGAGAACUCAUUAUCCUGAUGUGUUUGCAAGGGAGAGAUUGGCCAACAAAAUCGACCUACCAGAAGCACGGAUCCAGGUGUGGUUCUCCAACCGAAGAGCUAAAUGGAGGAGGGAGGAGAAACUUCGCAACCAGAGAAGGAGUGGGGUGGGGACUUCCUGCUCUCAGACCCCACUGAAUACUUCCUUUAACUCAGUUUACCAGCAGCAGCAGCAGCAGCAGCAGCAGCAGCAGCAGCAUGGCAACAGUGCAGGCUCCAUGCUCAGUCAGAGUGACUCCUCCCUCUCCAGCUACAGCUCACUCUCUGUGUACUCCAGUGUUCAGUCCAUCCCCCCUCAGUCCACCCCUUCUUAUGUAUGCAUGCCCUCCGCUCCGCGCACGUUUGAUUCGUCAUCCUAUCCCUCUCCCCACCUUCCCCCUCCCCCGACAGCAAACAGCAGCACAGGUCUGAUUUCCCCAGGUGUGUCAGUGCCAAUCCAGGUGCCAGGGAACGAGCUGAACAUGAAUCACAACAUCAGUCAGUACUGGGCCCGCCUGCAAUGAAGCUCUGAGACACAAAAGGAAAGGGAAACGACAAAAAGCCAAGACCAUUUUUUCCCCAAGAAAAUUAGAAGUAUUCAGGGAUAGGAAGACGGUAUAAGGGAACAUAUCGCGUGAGAAAAAGUGUUCAGGGUUGGAACGUGGGGGUCUUCUGAUACUCCUCUGCUUGACCUUCUGACUUUUAAAGUUUACAAAAUCUGCAGAAAUUCAAAGUCCUUUAAAAAAAAAAAAAAAAAAAAGUUUACUUUGAGGAUGCUGCAUCAAUUUUUCACUCUCUCUAUGUCUGAGAGUACAGCUAUACUGUGAAUCACUUGAUAUCCUUUAAAGAAGCUAACUCAUAAUGAAAUAUUUUGGUAGUUUUAAUUAAUGGAAUUGUAUAAAUCUGUAAUAUACAAUCUAGAUGUUUAAUAUGAGAGAGCAGGAAUGUAGCUUCUGUACUGUAACAAAAUGCAUAAUCUUAAAUGGGACCAUGUCACUGACAAUCAAUAUUCGCUCUCUCUUUGCCAAAUGGGAAAGACAGUAUCCAAAAGCAUGACAUAAACCCAGCAAAUGACAAUCAAAGGUGGAAAAGGGGUAAUCAAUGACAAUCAAAGCUAAUUAACGAGGGACCUGUAAAAUAUGCACAGGGUUGUAUCACAUCAUCUAGCAACCAUAUGUUCAUCAUCUGAAUCAAAUACUUCAUUUUCAUCAGUGAUCGCUUGAUAAUAACAUGUCGGUGCAAUCUGUAGUAUUCCUGUCAACAAAUCCUCAAGUAUUAUACCUGUGAUAAGGAGCACACUGACUCCACAUAAGAUGUCACAGACACUGUGGACACAAAUUGCAUGUUUUCAUAAUGCAUUCUGGACACUGGAUGGGUGGAUGAUGUUUAUAAUUGGCCAACAUUGUAUGGCCAAGCCAAUGACGAUUUACCACCAUAUUACAUAAUUUGGUUUUAUAAAACAAUAGCACAGCUGACACAGAACUGUAAUUUGGCAAUUUAUUCAGCAACUUUGACGAUAAACGAUGUCUGUAUAUUUUCGUGUGAUUUUCUGCCACAGAGCACAAAACUACAAAGUGAAUAGCCUUAAAGUUUAAAUUGUUGGCUUCCACUGGCAGAAGAAUUAGAACUUCAUGAAAAUGCAGUCAGUGUAGGUAACUGUACUGAACUGACCAACUUUGAGAAGUUAGGCCUAUUGUGAGAAAUGAAAGGACCGCAAAUUUAUGAUGCAUAAUCAGUAUCAUUUUCAGGUCAAAUUAUUUUUUAGGUAAAAGAAACAAGAAUAAUAAGGAUGUUACAGAUUGCACCUAUCGACUGGAACCACAAAGAGGUUCAUUUUGCUGCCAUAUUUCCUGUCACAAAAUCAAGAUUUGGUGACAAAAAUUACAUUUAGGUGUUUUUCUUGUUUCAGAUUAGUUCAUUUUUUGUCUAAGUGUCUUUCAAAAUCUGUUAAGUACAUCUGUGUUUGUUUUGUGUGACAAAUGCAUAAGUAUUUCAACAAUGAACCAAUUUUGUGGAUGGAUCCCUUUAAUAAAGAUGAAACUGUGUGAAAA